AUGAUGCUCACCCGACCGUCUAUCCUCAGGCUUACAUUCGUGCUCUUGCACUCGGCGAGGAUAGUUGAAGCAGCCGUUCGGGCGGACGAACUCUCUCCACGCCCUGACAUCACGGCUGAACUCACCGAACGCUCGAUGGCAGCGAAACACGCGCGAUACAUUGAGGGCUUCCUCUCUCUACCGCGUCACCACAUCACCCGCGUCGAAACGCACGCCGACGAUAUGUUCUUCCGUGCACUGCUGCAUGUGCACGAACCUGGCACGCGCUUCAUGCUCGACUGCCCACGUCGUGGCUUUGCAGGGGGCUGCAUGCUCCUCUCUCCAUACGUUUACCAGCAGGCGGACGCAGAGGGAAAGAUCACCAGCGAGAAGGUGAUCAUGACUUUGUUCGCCAAGAAGCAUCGAUUUGUUGAGCCGGUCGCACUGGUCCACCUGCCGCAGGGAGAUCAGAUGGACGUGUGGGAGUGGGUCAAGCAGGUGGCAGAGCAUAGCAAGCAGGAUUUGGAGGCCCAUCAGCCGCAUGGCCUGUUCAUCUUUCCCGAGCUGCCCGACUUUUAG